AUGGGUGUAUUCGGCUGUCGGGACGGACGGGCUGGCGGCCUCUUCUUCGCAAACUUCGGAUUCAUUGCGACUUUCUUGGCUUUCGUGACUCCCUACUGGCUGAAGUCGGACUUCAGGGCAUACAGCGCCGAUUUCCUGCGGACAGGUCUGUGGGAAACUUGUUUCCGGUCCCAUUCAAGCCCCUACGAUUUGGAAAAGAGGAAAUUUUACGUCGGAUGCCGAUGGAUAUUCACGUACGAAUACAAUACCCUACGUGACACGAUCGAACUUCCUUUUUUCAUAUCCGCGCAGGUGUUUUACACAUUCGCGUUCGUCGCUCACGCUAUCGCUUGCCUAGGCUUGGUAUCGAUCUAUGUGUGCGCGACCGAAGGCACGGAGAAGAGAAUCAUCAGAUAUGGGAACGUACUCCUGGCCUUCGCCUGCCUUUGCUCCACGAUAACUGUCGCCGUCUUCGGGAGCUGUGCCCACAUGGAAAACUGGAUGCCUGAUCCUAUGCACAACUAUUUGAGCUGGUCAUUCGCUUCGGCCGUCGUCGGAGCUUUUUGUGAACUGAUAGCCGUCGUCUGCCUCCAGGUCGACUCCCGACACAUCGAGGAUGACGAGAGGAAGAAUGAGAAUCUCCACACAUUUGGAUGAGUGAGUGCAUCGGAUCGACUCCCCGCGGCUUCCGAGGCCCGGUAGCGAAUCGUGUAGAAUGGAGGUAUCCCCUUGGGCAACUGCGUCAUCAUCCGGCGAUCGUUCGCCAAGUUGUCUCGGGGAAACUCGACAACAAUGAAUCAGUGCUUGCACUGAUGAUGUAUACAGAAAGUUUGUCUUAGCUUAGGGUUGUGUGAAGACUUCCCAUGCCAGAGAGCAUGUGCGAGAUCGAGGACUUUCGUUGAAUCUCACAAAAUGGAAGUUUGAAUGUAAGCGAGCAGUUCAGUGGAAGGUUUCGAGUCUGAUAUACCGAUCCCUCGAUCAGAGACAAUGCUGGAUGUUUGAGUGAGAGCGUCGAAUCUCGUGGAAUGCAUCGUAUAUGAAAUAUUGAAUACAUC